GUCACGUGUUCGCCAUUAAUGGCUUAUCACUCUUUAUCGUUUCGUUUUUAACCUCCCGUGAAAUCGUCGCUCUGUCGGGGUUAAGUUUGUGUGAUAUUAUGUUUUUUUAUAUAUAUAACAUUACUUCAUCAGUGAAAUGAUCCUAACAUCAAUAUUGUCAUCAUCGUCGUCGUUAACGUUGUUUAAUAUCAUCGAUAUUGUCAGCCGCGGAAAUUCGAUCGCGUCGAUGAUGUAACAAAGUCGCGAAACAUAUGUUGCAUCUGUCAUUCAUCGAGAUCAUCGACAAGUGUCGGUGACUGACAGCUAGUAAAACGCAGCUGCAAUGAGAAAUGUCAACGUGUCGUGAACGAAUGGUGUCCGUACUUUUUUGAGGUUAAACAUGCCGUUCUCUCCGUUCCGUGUUCUACGUAUUAUCGGUGCAAAUUUUAAUUAAUUUGGGCUAGUAAACGCGCGCGAUAUCGUGACACGCGAAAGAUUGUGAUGAUAAUGAUGACAUUGAAAUAAUGACUAUGAUAGCACCUACUCCUUCCGCAUUGAGAAGUGAUAAUGCUAGUCUAAUUGUAAGCGUAUUGCACGCUCUUGUUUCAGUUAAAGUACAAUCAUGGCUUUGUUAUAUUACACAUGGACUUUGAUAUUACUAGCUUUAACAUGUGUUCAGGCAGCUCUUAAAGUAUCACCACAAGAUUUAAAAGUACAUCUCAAUCAGCAAGAAUCAAUUAACUUUUCUCUGACGGAAGUUUUACUUAACAGAACUGCAAAAGUUAUAAUAGAUAUACAACAUCCUGAUUUGGUAUCUACAGAUCCAUCUAACUUUAAUAUUACGUCAAAUAUACAAAAAUGGACUAUUUAUGUAAAAGGUCUAAACGCGGGCCAUUCAAUUGUUAGCGCUAAUAUAACUCCCAAUGAUAUUACAGAUUUCUCUCAAGCAUUUGUUAGAGUGACUAUAGAGAAAUCGGAUGCGCUGUACCACAUUAGUGCUGUGGUUGGAUGGGUAUAUUUUUUAGCAUGGAGUGUAAGCUUUUAUCCACAAAUUUACACUAAUUAUAAACGUAAAAGUGUUGUGGGACUUAAUUUCGAUUAUCUCUCACUAAAUGUUGUCGGUUUUCUUAUGUAUGCAUUAUUUAAUUGUGGCCUUUAUUGGAUACCUGAGAUUGAGGAUGAGUAUUUUAAUCGAUAUCCAAAAGGUUUAAAUCCUGUACAAGUCAAUGAUAUAUUUUUCUCUCUACACGCAGUAUUUGCUACUGUUGUAACUAUCGCACAGUGUUUCAUUUAUGAGAUUGGUAAUCAAAGAGUAUCAACGACCGCACGUAUUAUUCACGGAGUAUUUACGAUCUUUAUAUUAAUAUCUUUGAUAUUAUCUAUCCAAAACACAAUUCAUUGGCUAGAUUUCCUCUACUACUGUAGUUAUGUCAAACUCAGUAUAACGCUUAUUAAGUAUGUACCACAAGCAUUUUAUAAUUAUAGAAGGAAGUCCACGGUCGGCUGGAGUAUAGGAAAUAUAUUCUUAGAUUUUACUGGUGGCAUUUUAUCAAUGCUACAAAUGAUACUCAACGCUUACAACUAUGAUGAUUGGGAAAGUAUUUUUGGAGAUCCGACUAAAUUUGGUCUAGGAUUCUUUUCUGUGGCAUUUGAUAUAUUUUUCUUAAUACAACACUAUGUCCUAUACAGAAUGAUUGCUUCACUUGCACGGAUUGGCAGUUCUGCGAUAGGCCAGAGAAAUUUGAAUUGUUGGACAGCGGCAAUCACAAAGAAGCAUAGAGCAAUAUAUGAAAAAACGUAUCCUACAAUUCUUGUUAUGCCAGAUGGAAGUAGUAUAGAGAUCGAGUACCACGAGCCACGGAAGAUAAUAGCUCUCCCAUUAAAUAUUGCGGAACUUACACCGGAACAACAAAAGAAACGACUAGAGAUGCGUACUCCAAAAACGAAGGUAGUCAUAAUCGAGGAAAUUGAAGAUAGCUUCGAUGAGAACAGGUAUCUCAACUUUAAGAAGUAAUUGUAUCUAAACGUUUCUGAAAUCUGUAUUAAAUAUGUUUUAUCUUUGUCAAAGUAUAAAGCUAUGAGUUCUUUGUAGCAUUUACUCAAAAAUCCUUUCUAUUCUUUUUUUAGUUUUACUUUAAUAUAUUUUUAGUUUUAUAUAAUAUUUAAAUUAUUGUAAUCUUUCUUCUGUAGUAUUGAGAAAAUGUAAAUACUAUUAUUAUAAACUCUUUUCUGUUGUCAAAGCAUAGUAGUAAUUAACAGAUCUUCAACAACUUAUCAUUGGACAAACCAUGAAUUAUAUUUAAAUCAUCUAAGUACGUGGUAUCUCUUGUAUAAAAUAAAAAGUAUCUCUUGUGAUAUGAAUAUGUCACUAAUAUAAGCAUUGUUUCACAAACAUACAAUAAUAUAUGUAAUUCUUUAUAGUUACGCGGUAACGAAUUAAUAAAGUAAAGAUACAAUUAUGCAAGAUAA